GAGAAGCGGCGGAGCUGCAGCUCAGCACCACGGACAGCGAACGAUGCCGUCAUUUUCUAUCCGUUCUGGUCAAGCCAGUGGAAAAAUCCUAAGAAUGUGUCGAAGAUAAAAGAGGCUUUUUCUUGGACUUACGAAGAAUUUUUUUUUAUUAUUAUUUUUUACCUCUGUUCAAAGUAAGACGAACCCUCACUGUACAUUUUUACUCUAUGUGCGUCGAAUGUCUCCAAAUUCCCUAAAUAUCGUAUUCCGCCAUUAUCAAAAAAGAAGGAGUAGCUUUAGCAAGGGUUUAUAAUUUAUCCUGGGAAACUCCUUUUGCAGAAUCCAGAUAUAUAAAUGUAAAUCCAAGCAGAUGCGCUGUGCGUAAAAGCGGUGACACCGCUCGGUGCCAUUCAGCUUUGGUGCGCGGCGCACUGUUCGGCUCGUCUUGUUAUUUGGAAAUCAGAUUUUAAUAUACUUAUUUAUUUAUCGUUAAUGAGGCUGACGUGAAGCUUCUCCAACUACACCAACCUCUCAUGUGAGAUCUAACUGUCUCUUGUUUAAGCUUAGUUAUAUUUGAGUGAAAACCUCUUUUUUACAUAAGAAAAGCAGAAAGUAGCACUUCACUGUCGCAGCUGUUUUACUUCUUUUUUUGCUCUAAAGUAAGAUCAGUACAGUCUAUUUUCGGAAUUAGGGGAAUCACAUCUGCAUGUGGAUUGUACACGAUGGACCCUCCGGACCCGUACUGGUAUCCACUCCCUCCAGAGCCCAACUCCUCUGCAGCCGCUGGCUCCCCCUUUUUCUUUCCCUCCCCUCGUCUCCUGAACGUCUCGUCCAACAUGUCCACGCAGAGUGUCCCUUUCCAGGGCAGCAGCACCCCGGUGACCGCUAUUAUCUACUUCACUGUCUUCUUGGUGGGUCUGACCGGCAACACACUGGCCAUUUACGUGGUGUUGCGCUACGCCAAGAUGAAGACCGUCACCAACAUCUACAUCCUGAACCUGGCUGUGGCCGAUGAGCUCUACAUCAUCGGACUGCCCUUCCUCACCACUCAGAACGUUCUCUCGUACUGGCCCUUUGGAUCGUUCCUCUGUCGUGUGGUGAUGACUGCGGACUCCAUGAACCAGUUCACGUCCAUCUUCUGCCUCACGGUCAUGUCCAUGGAUCGUUAUCUGGCUGUGGUCCAUCCGAUCCGUAGCACCAAAUGGAGACACCCUCGCGUGGCCAAGGUGGUGAGCGCAGCGGUCUGGGCUGUGUCCUUUAUCGUGGUCCUGCCAGUGGUCAUCUUCUCUGAUGUGCAGGACAUGUUUAACUCCUGCAACAUGAACUGGCCGGAGCCAAAGGAUGUGUGGUCGACGGCCUUCAUUAUUUACACUGCCACAGUGGGUUUCUUUGGGCCACUGCUCGUCAUUUGCCUCUGUUACCUGCUCAUUGUUAUUAAGGUGAAGUCAUCUGGGGCCAGGGUGGGCUUCAUUAACCGCCGCCGUUCAGAGCGAAAGGUGACGCGCAUGGUGGUGGUCAUCGUGGUGGUGUUCGUGCUCUGCUGGCUGCCGUUCUACAUCAUCAACAUGGUCAACCUGGUGGUCAUCAUCCCCGAGUCCAGUGUCACUGCCGGGAUCUACUUCUUCGCUGUCGUCCUGUCCUACGCCAACUCCUGUGCGAACCCGCUGCUCUACGGCUUUUUGUCGGAUAACUUCAAGCAAAGCUUCAGAAAGGUGCUCUGUGUUAAGGGUAUGAGGUGUGCCGCCAAUGGUGUCGAUGACGGUGACCCCAGCGUUCCACGCACAGAGAAAACUACGGCACAGGACUGCAUCCUGCUCUCCCCUCGUAACGAGGUCUACCACGACGCACAGAGCAGCCAGAUCUCACCCCACCCCACUGACUGUUUUGGCCCCCACUCUGCUGCCGACCUGAACCGCUCCACCCCUAAGUACCAGCUUUCCUCCACGUUCCCGGGAACAGUCGCUACUACGGCCGGAAACGUCUUGAUUACUUCUGAGGCACCCGAACCUCCCACUACCACGGCCCUGACCACCGCCGCCUCCUCUGCCUCCGUAGCUCCAGAGGAACAGCAGUGAGUGGACUCUGGGCCCCAGAGUGGGUCUACAGAAGAGAAACAGAGAGAGGCUGGACUUGCUGUUUAAGAUAUCAAACCGAAAAAAAUUUUAUUUCUUUUUCUUUCAAACUGCAAGCUCACUUUAAACAAAUUGCCACACUUCUGCUUCUCAUUGUGUGACAAACUGUUGAAGAUUUUUGUUUACCAAGCCCGACUCUUCAUUAAGCCUCCCUCUGACAUAAGUGCCUUUUCAUCAGCUCUCAGUAAUCAUCUCAGCUCCUAAAGGAAGGCAGAAACAUUCACACAAUCUUUUUUUGUGUGUGUGCUUUGUGUCAAGGACUCUUUUAGCUUGUAACCAUGUCUAUGCUUACUAGACCCAAAUGCCUUUUACAUUCAGAGAAAAGAAUUUGUACAUCUUAUUUCAUAUAACUAACACCAAUGUUUUAAUUUGUACUUAAUGGGUUUUUUAAUGCUCACACUAAUUUCUUAUCAUUUACUAUACAGUUAUGAUCAAAAUUAACAUCCUUUCAACAAGAGCAUUAAUAUCUUAUUCAGUUUGGGCUUUAAAGUUACAAAUUUAACCUUCCUUUUUCUAUGAAGAAGUGAUUAUACAACAUGCAACUUCAUUAGUUCCACAAAUUACAACUUAUUGUGAUUUAUGUUUUUCCCUUCAUCUGCAUAUUCAACAGUGACAUGCGGUGAGGUUCAUGGCUGGUGAGGAACUGGCUUAAUCAAAAAUCAUAAGACCCCCUGCAUGUUGUACAUACGGAAAUUUCGCGCAUGCGGACAACAAUGAAUGGCAAAAAGACUAUACUUUCACAUGCCAUCCAUGGCCGUGCUGCCAUGGUAGAAUAAUUCCGUUAACUCAAUGAAACUUGGAAAUAUAGAUAUUAUUUUAGUGCUAUGCUGCACAAGCAAAGGGAAAAACCCGCUGAAGUACAACUCAAACCACCAUUUUCUCUGUAUCGGCCAAGCUACACAUAGACUCGUUGCAUGUAGCUUCACUUUUGAUCGCUCCUCAGCACACGAAACAUGUUACACAUAGUUAGUAACAACAAGCACUGUACAUUAUAUACAUAAGAUAAAUGAUGGAAAAUCAGUUCAUAUAUUAAAAGUUUUUUAACCAUUUUAUUGGCGACGUGCAAACAGGAGGAUCAUUCUCCCAUAGAAUGGCAGCCAGUGCAGUUAGCGAGAGGUUGCGCAAUCACCUGGGAUUGCACAACUUUGUCAAAGUUUGUCAAAGUUUCAACUAUUUGACCCAAAUUCUCACCUUCUGGAGAGAGGAAACUGGUAAGGAUAUAUUAAUUAAGAUUCAUGCCUGUCAUUGAGUGGAAACUGCUGCAACACCAGUGUCUUUGUCCACAGUUGCAGUUUAUGCCAUCCAAGAAGUGCCUGCUUCAAAAUUAGCACCUUCAAAUUCAAAUGAAAAAGAAGAACUUUUGGAAAAGUCUCGGCGAGGCUUUCAAACCUAAGAACACAAAGUAGGUAAAAGAAUAGAAAGUGAUCCCAAACCCAGAUCAACAUUCACCUCAUUCCCAAAUCAUCUACCCUAUCCUGACAAAGGAUGAACCAGCUGAAAUGCUAGUUUCUUUCCAGGAGAAUUAACCAACUAAAAUGAUCUCUCUCUUCUGAUUAAAACAUGGAUCCAAUAUUGAGCCAGAAUUAGACCAGAAGCUUGUUGAUGGUAGGCUGGCCAUUGCCUUCCUGCGCUAAGUAAAAUUCUCACUUACAGAACAGUUUGUGCUUUCUACCAUUCACUUGGAUUCCCUCUGGUAGAUUUUUCUAUUGGGCCAAUCAGUGAACAGAAGAAGUUGUGAACGAUGACGUUGUUUUUCUGCGCUGUUUUAGAAUCGUAGUCUGUCUGUAGUUUUAGGAAUGGCAGCGGAGGAAGUGAACGAAACCAUCCAGUAGUUUUGAUCACACUUCCAAGUAUUGAAUGAAUAUUAUCAGCCGCCCCGUUCGGCUUGGCACUUCUCUUUUCACAAUGCAGGAUGGUUGCUUAAAUCACUGGCAAUUUCUGGUGAGCUUCAUAACGUCAAACUUCUGCGUUACAUACAGUACAGACCAAAAGUUUGGACACAACUGUGUGUCUGUACUGUACAUCACAUCAAACGUUAGCAACUGGGUAAAAUUUAAAACAUCAACACAAUCUACACCUCCAGGAAGUUUCUCAAUAAGAGCCCAGAUCCUCUGUACGAAGUAAAUAGCAUAGGACAAGGAGCUGGUUUUUACCAGGCUAUGUUGGUGGUAACUAAAAUUUGCUUUCCUGCAAAACACUAACCAAAUUGUUGGAUGACUACUGAAAGACCACACAACAACUUAUGCCUGACUGGGGAAUAUAGGCUACAUGAUUUUUCAGACUAGCUAAAGCCAAUUGAAAAAAUCCAAUAGAAAUAAAGGUUCACAUUUGUUUUGAUGUUUUACUUACUUCAAGUUGUCUUCUGACACUGCUCCCUGUCCUGCAGGACUUUUUUAUUGGCUGCUGACAACACCUUUGCAGAUGAGUCAGUAAUCUGUUCACACUCUCUAUAUCAACUCCCAAAUGCAAUGGCGUAAGAGCGUCUCUGCUGAAACGCCAUCAUUUUGUGUAAAAAUAGAUUUCUGGGUUGGUGGAGUUAAAGACUGAGCUGAGGUCAGGGUAGUCAAAAUUCACAAUAAAUUCAAACUUGUGUACCAAAUCUUAAAAAAACAAACAAAAAAAAACACUAAUUGCAUGUUGUAUAAUCUUUGCUUUCCUGUAAAUUCAAACUCAAAUUAUUCACAAAAAACCCUAAUUAAUAUAAUGCUGUCACCCAUGAUGACAUGGUGAUUUUGAUGGAUUAGCAUCUGUAUAUCUUGUGAAGUCUAAUACUGUAUAUUAUGUGUGUAUUUUUAAACCAGGCUUGUUGCUGUUUCCUACAGUGAAUGUAAUUGGUUGGCAGCUCAGAAAAAACUCACCCAGCAUCGAACACAAAACCUCUGACCUCUUUGUGCUUUUACUCUGUUUGUUUUGUGUGUGUGUGUGUCGGGGGGGUGCUCAACUUUAUUUGUGUCUCUUACAUGGAUUUGUUUUUUUCAAAAGAUGUUUUUAAAAUCCACAAUUUCUGUGAGCAUAUUGCUUCCUGGGUUAUUGGGGGCUUUAGCUUAGACUCACUCCGCGCUAAACACUAGAUGAGGUAUUUAGCUCUUGGACUUUACGAUCAUAUUUCCACUUGAGCUUUUAAAAAUUAUUAUAGUGGAGUUGUAACUGGGACACUAUGAAAAGGACAAUUCGUGGUAUAAUUGCAGUUCAAAUGAGUUUCAGACUCAUUAGUUUUGCAUUUGAAGCUUAAGGAUUUUCAAACUAAAUUUCUGUGAAUAAAAAUUCAAAAGACUUUUUUUCUAGUGCUAAAUUGUGCUGGCAGUAUUGCUGUAUUGUUGUUUGUGUGUUUUGUCUCUUCUUUUAGUCAUAUCCAACAAUCACCCUGCGUGUAAAUAUAUAAAGUUAAUUUAGGACAUCAUAUAGAGAAGGCAGAGACUUUCACUGAAAAAGCACUUUAGUGCAUAAUGUGAAAGUAGAACAUUUUCUGAUGGAUUGUUGCGCCUUUUGUGUUUUGGAAAAAGUAAUUUUUUUCACAGUGCAAAGAAGCUGAUUGGUCGAUAAUGAUCAAGUGGAGCCAACAAUUCAGAGAAAACGAACCAAGGUUAUUCAUCAUAAAAGCUUUUACGCACAAAUUUCUUGAAUACUUGAUAGUCAUUGUUGUGAAGAUGUACCGGUGCUUUGGAUGUCCUUGAAAUAAAACGUUUUUAAAAAUCUG